AUGUACGAACAUGGUGAUAUAGAGCAACUUGAUCACAGCCAUAUUGUAGCUUUAGUAUGUAGCGUCACUAUCGUUCGACUAGCGUACUUCACUCUCCUGUAUUCUCCAUCGCCCUUGCAGAAUCUACAUUUUGUCAUUAAUAGACACGACACGACGUACUGCGAGGGUAAAGAGGAGGAUAGGAGAAGAUGUUUUGAAUAUCAAAUAGAGAUAUGUAAAUGGGUAUAAGAUGAUAUUUCCAUGGUUGAUCAGAGAUGGUCUGCAAGUUGUAGACUUAUUUGCAAUAUGAAUUGUGUUAAUAUAACAAUUAGAGUAUACUUUGGUACAGUUAUACUGCCAAGACCACAAAGCAGAAAUAUAUCUGUUUAUGGUUUAGAAUAUCGACCUAUAUCUGGUCCUAAUAACCAUAGUUUUUCAAUGGAAUUAAAAUUAUCAACUACAGCUAAAUGUAGCUGUUUAGGUCUAGGAAGAACUAAGAGUCCAGUACAUCCUGAAUAUGCUAGUUACGAUGCUAGACUACACACAUUUGCAACAUGGCCAAAAUCUAUACCACAAAGGAAGGAACAGUUAGCAGAUGCAGGCUUUUACUAUAUUGGAAAAGGUGAUCAAACUUUCUGUUACUACUGUGGAGUUGGUUUAAAAGAUUGGGAACCAGAAAAUGAUCCUUGGGAGCAACAUGCAAAGUGGUUUUCUAAAUGCUGCUAUUUAUUAAUGGUUCAAGGGCAAGAUUAUGUAAAUAAAAUAACAGGUCAGGAUAUAUCUCCACUUUUUAAAGAAGAAACAGUGCAAAUUGAAGGUACAGACUCUGUAAUAUCCAAUGAUAAAAGUAAUACCGAUAAAAAGGCUAACUUAAAGGAAAUUAUAACUUUGAAAGAAGAAAAUAGAAAAUUAAAAGAAGCUCGUUUAUGUAAAAUUUGCAUGGAUCGAGAAAUAGCAAUUGUAUUUUUACCUUGCGGACACUUAGCAACUUGUGCUUACUGUGCAUCAUCUCUUACAUAUUGCCUAAUGUGUCGACAAGAAAUUAAAGCCACUGUUCGUACAUUUCUAUCAUAAAUCGAAUAAUAAAAUAUUAAUUGAUGUACAUAUUAUUAAAUUUUCUUAUACAAAUUUAAUAAUUUAAAAUAUAAAAAUAUAUAUGUAUAAAAUUAUAUUUUUUGUAUAUUUUAUGAAAAUGAUGUACAUAUAUUAUUGUAUUUGUAAUUUAGUCCUAUUAAAUUAAGCCCACAUAGUGAAAGAAACAAAUUGUAUAAUAAUAGUAUAGUGUUUACCAAACAGAAAACUGUGUUACUGCUAUUAAUGGUUACAGUAAUAAUAAACAUAUAAUAUUAAAUAUUA